AUGCACGAUACUGUUGCUAUGCGUGUUGGUGUUGGUUCUACCGUUGAGUCUGACGAGGAAAUAACAAAAAAAAGGGAAGCUCAACAAACUCUAUUUUCUUCCAAUAAUCAACCAACUCCUGCAGGCAGAGAAGAACCAGUUGGGGAAGGUUGGGGACCGAUUCGCAUUAAACUUGUCACUGAUAAUUUGGAAAAGGCUGGACAUGAUUGUACUGGCAAAGAAACCAAUAGAAUUACAACCUUAUUAAAGGAAUAUUUUACUUGCACAGAAAAUGAUGUCUUGACAGAAGAGAAAAAGAAAAUUCUUGUGGAUGAGAUUCUCCCUGAGGCAAUUAAACUGCACGAGCAACGCCUUUUUGUUCAGCCUUUGAAGGGUCCUAUUGUCGUACCGAAUUUCUCUGAUGAGAAUCUUUGUUCCCAGUUCAUUCCAACAACUGCUGAAAGUACUCCUAUUUCCGAUUAUGAUAUGGUGCUGUACGUUGCUGCUACACCGACGCCUGAAGGGACUUUUGCGUGGGCGGCAACAUGUGCGAUAUUAAGUUCUAAUGGCCGUCCAGUUAUUGGGAUCAUUAAUUACGGUCCACGGUAUAUUGUGGCCACACCACAGCGUGUCCGCGUUGCUGCUCAUGAGAUUGCCCAUGCACUUGGAUUCAGUUUCUCUGAGAUGGAAAGGAAAAAUAUGUUGCCGAUCUGGAACAAUAGCUACAACCGCUUUGAUGUACCGCUUGUUAAUUCUUCAAAUGUACUGAGAGAAACCAAAAAUCAUUAUAACUGCAAUUCUGCGGAGGGUAUGAAGAUACAAAAUGAACUGUUUUUUAUGCAGCUGAAGAGCAAUAUGGCGGCGCAAACUGUAAGUUUGGAAAGUCCAUUACGAUCUUCUUUACUGUCAGCAGUGCAAGCGGAAUUUACUGAAGAAGAGCGCUCAAUGGAAGGUGCUGAGCCACACAUGGGAGAAAAUCAUUUAAGAAACGCAGAUACUCAUAGUACGUCGGAAAUAACAAGUGGGUCAUCAAAUUUACGUGGAAACAGAAAUUCAUAUCUUCUUAAAUCUGCAACGAAGGCAAGCAACAUCGCUGGACUUACCACAUCGUUCCCCCAAAAAAUGAAUGAAAGAAUAGAAGAGGUGCAAAAGAGAAGAGUUCCGCCACGUUAUAUAAUCACGCUCCCAUCUUCUCACUGGAGUCGUCGUAUUGCAAAGGAUGAGUUGAUGGUUGGUCUCGUCGGUGCUGGGUACUACACCGCAAUUACAAUGGGAGCUUUCGCUGAUCUGGGCUACUAA